UUGUUGAAUUGAAUGAUAGAAAAAGUAUUGAUAUAUAUAAAAAAGAUUUAUUAGUUCCAAAUUAUGAAAUUGUAAAUGCAAAUAAUGAGGAUUAUAUAUUCUAUAAAAAAGCAAAAUACACCAUUAAUGACUUUUUAGAAAACCUACAAAAAGAAGAUAAAUCUCUAAAUAAAGAUAAUUGCCUUUUAAAUAAUUAUUUGUUCCAUGAACAUAAAAAUAUACAUGAAGGUAUUCUUGCUUUACAGAAAGAUAUAGAAAAUUUAGAAAAAUGGCAUUUAAGAAAGGAGUUUAAAGAAUAUUAA